UUGAAAUGGCCGAUGAUGACUGAUCUGUAAACAAAUGGUAACUCUCACUUGAAACUGUUUGAAAUCUAUAUAUUGAAACGUUGUUAUUAAUUGAACUAUCAAGACAUGGAAGCUGAAGGAGGUACAGAUUCAAGGACAUCACACAUACCAACAGACAUGACCGAGGUUAAUCAUGAAACGGAAACUGGGAGCAUCGGGCAGGACGAAGCCUCCAGUGUUCCUGUGAGCAUCAUCAGCAGUGGACCUGUGUACCCCGCAUCCCUUGUACCAGGAGCACUGGGAGGGGAUGCAGGAGACGGAUCCAUCCAGCCAGAGAAGAAGGACUUUGAGAGCAUCUCUUUGGAGGAGGUGAAAAAACCCAGGAGAAUCAUCCAUUUCAGUGAUGGGGUACUGGAGGAAUACAGCACGGAUGAAGAGGAUGAGGAAGACGGAGAGUUGACGAAGGCGCCUCCCAUUGAUCCAAAAACUUUGGACUGGUUGCCCUACAUGUGGUACUGUAUGGUUAAGUCAGGAACAACUACAUACAAAGUUUGUGACUACCUUGGCGAGAAACUGGCAUAUUUUUUUGGAAUCACAUCACCAAAGUAUGGUUAUGCCCUGAGUGAAUACAACAGAUUAGAGAAAGAGGAGAAGGAGGAGCUGGAUCGCCAGAUGGCUGAGAGAGAAGAACAGAAGGACCUGGUAACAAGACAGGAGGCCGAGAGAGUGUUCCAAGCAUCCCUGGCCAGUCAACCUGAACCAGGACUGCCUACAAGCACACACUGAGAUAGGGCUGUACAUACGACACAUGCUUCGAUGACAAGUGCUCUGUGGGCUGGGUCAGUAUCCUAUGCAAAUCUUAUUAAACUUCCAGAAAUUUAUCAAGCUUCAACAAACUUCACUCAAACUUAGAUCCGGAACCAUGCAGUAUAACUAAUCCCUAACCCUUGCCCUGUCCUAAACCCGAUCACAACCUAUCCCUCUAUGUUCUAUGAAAUCAAGUCCAGAAGCAGAAGCAGUUGUUGCCAGAGGAUAUGUCAGAGCACCUUAGAGGCUGAGAUAGAGCCAAGGAACUGCUAAAACCUGAAAUAAGAUAUUCAGAUUAGAAGAGAGCUUUGGUAUGUUUGAUUUGUUUGAUGGAAAUUUGUUACCGGUUUUAUUUGGAAUGUUUGCCAAUUUUAUUAAUUAAAUGGCAAUUUCGAGAGAAGGUAACGCAGCCAUUCUUAAUACGGCCCUUCAAGAAAAGAUGAAAGCAAAGAAUCAAUUCUUAUCCAAGGUAUUUUUCAAGUUUAUCAUUUGAUUUAGAAAGCUUUUGAAUAACAAUGUGGUACUAAUCAUUUAUAUGUUUUUAUAAGUGAGUGUUUGAUAUACAACUACCACAACUAAAGGCAUAGCAUCUUCAAUCCACUAUGCCAUAUGUGAUGUUGCUCAUGCACACACAUGAGUCAUUUGUAGACUAACAACACGAUACAUUAUUUUGGGUCAUUACUGCAGCACCAGAAAAUUAGCACAUUUUGUGAGUAGUUUUUGUUGUCGGUGGUCUUGCGUAUUGCCAAAAGCUUUAUUAACUAUUCUUAAAUGUGCUUAUUUCAGGUCUGAAUAUAAUAUAUGUUUAAUACCACCUACAUCAAAAUGUGGUGCCAGAAAUAUCAUUGUUUCCACCUGUAAAAUGCUUUAUUUAGAACAUACCUGGAUAUCUUUUGCAAUCUGCGAAGAUGCAUUUUUGUUUUUGAAGGAUAGUCAACCAUGAUAGUCGACUCGCCUUUUCUUUAAAUGGUGCAAUAUAUUGUAAGAUAUAAUUUAUAACAAUUCAAAAUCUAUUCAUAUUGAGGGAAGAAAGGUGUGAGAAAAUUUGUUCUGUCAAUGUUGUGUUUGCUAACUAUAUUAGGAUUGAUGUUUUAAAAAACCGCUAUCCUGAAUAAGCAAAGAUGUUAUUGGCUGUGGUUGUGUGCAUUGCAAACUAUAUUUAUUUCUAAUAAUUUACCAUUCUGAGGCAAUACUGGUACAGAUUUAUCAUGUUACACAGUGCCUUUUUUGUUUUUUGUUGUUGUGGUUGAAGCUAUUACAUUUCCUGUAGUUAAGCAUGUGCCUUAUUCUUGUACAAACUUGAUACACACAUUUUAAUGCUGAACUAUUAUGAAUUUACGAAUACAUUCAUUUUGGGAUCUUUCCAUUGAUGUGAUUCAGAUACACAUAGAUCUGCAUUCUAAUUUGAUUUCAAUUGUUUUGCUGUAUUAUGCAUUCCUUAUUUUUGUAUUCAUUUUGAUGGUGUCAGAUUACCAUGAUAAUCAUAACCUUAUUGUACCAGUCAUCAAAUCAAGUUCUUAGAAGAGCCUUUUAAGCCUCUCAAGUGAGAAGAGGAAGAGAGAUUUAACCCAACUCAUGUAAAUUAAGUCGGUUGGGGGGGGGGGGGGGCUACUAUUUUAUAUAAUUGCUGUUUUUAAUCUUUUCCUCAUUUUCUCUUUAUUUACUUUUUCAAGUUACAUUUCUCUAGAAAUUUUUGCUCAAGAUGCUUAUUCAGGAAAUUGGAUAUAAAAGUUUUUUUGUUUUUGUUGUUGAGUGUUUAUGAAAUUCAACUUUGGAGGUCACAAUUAAUGUUUGGUAUAGAUUGCUCAUUUCUCCAUUCUAGUAUGUGAGGUUUUCUUAGACCAUUUGAUGAAGGUAUGCUCCCUGAAAUAUUAAGAACAUAUUUAUACAAUGUAUAUGGAAUUCAUUAGUUUAGGGUAGAAUAUAUGUAUAUUAAAGUUGUUGUGAUUUUCUGAAUGGAUUUCUAGUUUCCCGGCUUAUUUUGAGAUAAAGUGUUCUU